AUGGUCCGUGUUAUCUACAAGACCAUCUUUGCCAUGCUGGCCGCCAUGACCUUCAGCUCGACCGAAGCUGAUUUCGGUUGUGCUUACUCGCCGUGGAACAAAGAUAAAGUGGUGACCAGGGAAGUUCUUGUGACGGAACUCCAACUUCUUGCCCUCAACUUUUCGGUUUUCCGUUCGUUUCAUACGCUCGUAAACGGUGUCAACAUCAUUGAGGUUGCAGCAGAAGUCGGUCUACAGAUAGAUGUCGGCAUUGACAUGACUGACGAGACGAAAAUUGACCUUGAGAUUGAAGCUGUCUGCACUGCUUACAAGUCGUACUCAACGACCAUGAGGACGGUCUUGGUCGGUAACGAGAACUUGUUAAACAAUGACUUUGGCACAUAUAGUGCCGAAGUGCUUAUCAAAUACAUCCAGCAGGUCCAGGCUUGUGUGGGUGUCGACGUCCGCGUUGGUACGGUGCAGCGCGUCAACGAGUGGCUCAGCGCUGCUGGAGCUGAAGAGAUUGUCAAAGUGAGUACCGUCAAUGGCGUGAACAUUCACCCUUUCUUCGCUACUUCGAGCACUUUGUCACCUAUCGAGAUGCUCAAGGCACAAUGGGGACAGAUUGAGACAAAGUAUGGGAGUAUGGAGUCAUGGAUGGUUACUGAGACCGGUUGGCCUACAGCUGGUGGAACCCCCACCAGCAACAUUGCAUCGGUAGAAAUUGCACAGCAGUACUUGAUCGACGUCUCCUUGUGGUCGUCGGACAAGACCGUGAUCUGGUUCAUGUUCAGCGAUUCCCUCGUAUCCUACAAUGGCAUGGAGAUUGAGAAGCAUUUCGGGCUUUAUGACGCGACAUGUACUACCAAAAACCUGGAGAUUCCGAUCAACCAACUCGCACUCAACGUUUCGGCCUCUGUGGGUGUGCCUCUGCAGCAGGUACCUCCUAUUGCAAUGGUGGGUGACCCUCUCACACGCACCACAGAGACAAUGGUGGGUGACCCUCUUACACGCACCACAGAGACAAUGGUGGGUGACCCUCUUACACGCACCACAGAGACAAUGGUGGGUGACCCUCUCACACGUCCCCAGGAGACAAUGGUGGAUGUUCCACACAUGCGGACCCCAGAGACAAAUGUGGAUGAUCCCUACAUGCGGACCCCAGAGACAUUGGCGACGCCGGGUAAGCCUCUGGAAGGAAAUAACGAGGCGGGUAAGCCCUCGGGCCCGACCGGCAAGGACUGCACCAUUUAG